AUGAUGAUGGUACAGGUAUGUCUUUCCGAGGACGAGGAGGAGGUGGAGGUCGAGGAGGUGGACGUGGAUUCCGAGAAGGCCGCGGAUUCCGAGGAGGCCGCGUGGUGGCCGGUGAUCGCUCUUUUAAUCAAGGACCCCCUGAAGAGUGGAGAAUUCACUCACACUUGUGAAGACGAUAUUGUACUGCAAAUGCACCUGUGGCAAGAUUCCCUUCUUCAAUGCUCCGUUAUAUUUACAAAAACAAAGAACAGAUACGGAAAAAUCGACGAAAUCUUUGGCAGUUUAAUGGAUAAUGGUUUCUCUGUUACCUUACAAAAUGGCGUUAAGGCUGCCUCAUUCAAAGAGGGGCAGAAAUUGUAUAUUGACCCAGCAAAAUUGAUGCCUAUAGAAAGGUUUUUACCAGGAGCUCCUAGAGGGGGACGGGGUAGAGGCGGGCGUGGUGGCGAUCGAGGCCGAGGAGGUCGUGGAGGAGAUCGCGGAGGUGGGUGA